CGUGUUCAUUCCGCAUCUACAUCUACUCGCUCUUUUAAUGUGCAAGUUUUCUUUUUAUUUUGUAGAUGGCAAGUCGCGAAUUCGUGUAUUGUGACCCGUGAAACAGUCCAUGAAGGGACGGUAAUCCCUGAUCCGUUUUAGCAACCUUGGUUAAUUGUCAGGGUCGUCGCGAUUUUCGGAUUUUCAUCAUAAGUUUGAUUGUAAAGCAGUUUUGGGUGUCUCGGUUCCGGGUUUGAUCGGUCCUUUUCCUUCCUCAUCUCCGCCUUUUGUGUCAUCUUUUCUAUCUCAAGUUUUUCUGUCACCGUUCUUUAGGGUCACUGUUUCCUUAUUUUUUUAUUAUUCUUUAUUUAUAGCUUACAAUGGCUAAUCUAAGGCAAACUCCGUUAACUUGUAGUGGACACACCAGACCAGUUGUGAAUUUAGCUUUCAGUGACGUUACAGAUUCUGGAUAUUUUCUAAUAUCUGCAAGUAAAGAUGGUAAGCCGAUGUUGCGGCAGGGUGACACUGGUGAUUGGAUCGGAACAUUCGAAGGUCACAAGGGAGCUGUUUGGGGCGUUGCGCUCAACCGAGAUGCUACCAAAGCAGCCAGCGGGGCUGCUGAUUUCAUAGCAAAGGUUUGGGAUGCAGUAUCUGGCGAGGAGCUUCAUUCCUUCAAGCACAACCACAUAGUUAAGAGUGUUGACUUUUCGUCAAGCUCAAGUCUUUUUGCCACUGCCAGUGCGGAGAAGCUAGUUCGCGUUUUUGAUCUUGAGAAGCCAGAAGCUGAUCCAACAGUAUAUUCCGGGCACACAUCUAGCAUCAAACACGUCAUGUUUUACCGAGACAACACGCGCAUCAUAUCGUGUGCAGAUGACAGAACUUUAAGAGUUUGGGAUCACAUAUCUGGACAGGAAGUAAGAAAAUUAGAAUUUAAUGCGCCGCCAAGCAGCAUAGAAAUCUCAAAGGAUGGGGUUACUCUUACUGUAGCACAUGGACGGACAGUCAGUUUUUGGGACGCCGAAAGUAUGAGCAAAAUUCGUGAAAUCCCAAUCCCAACGCAAGUCAAUUCAGCAUCUUUGCAUCCAGACAAAUCUAUGUUUGUUUGUGGUGGUGAAGAUUUCAAAAUGUACAAAUUUGACUACACGACAGGCGUAGAGAUUGAAUCAUUCAAAGGGCAUUUUGGUCCUGUCCAUUGUGUGAAAUUCUCACCAGAUGGUGAAUUGUAUGCUUCUGGCUCUGAAGAUGGGACCUUGCGUCUGUGGCAAACUACUGUCGGCAAAACAUAUGGUCUGUGGAAGUGCGUUGAGGCAGUGCCCAACAUGACCCAAGAGAACCAUAAUAAUUUGCAUGAAGUCAUUGCCAGUUAACCUGGGAGUUAAUCUCCUAUGCUGUCGCUGCCGCUCCUAUUAAUCAUUCUGUUCCUUUUUGCAAUAAUUUAAAUGUUAUUUAUUGCUGCCAUGGUCAGACUUGAAAGUAAGAAGCUGAUGAUCAAGUGUUACCUGAUAUGAUUCAUCUACUCAAGUGUCAAGUAGUUAAGUAACUAACUCAGUUUUCACUUGAAAAUUCUGGUCUUAGCAUUUAACCUUUGCAAUAUUUAUUGUUGAAGAUACCGCAGAGGUGUGUUAAUUUUAAUUUAUGAAUUCAAUGUUAAGUUAUAAAUAAAAAUUUGCAAUAAAAUAUGUGAAAUUAAAUCAUGAUGAUAAAUUUUCUCAUAUUUUCGCGUAUUUUUACCAAAGGCAGGUGAAUAUACAAGGCAGAUUAAAACAAACAAUCCGUUCAGCCCAGGGGAGAUUAGCCUGCAAAUAGAAACUGUUUACACAUGAAACAGUUUUAAGGACGAUUUCCUGGCAAUGUAAUUAUUGCUUGUACAUUUUAAUUUGGCCAAAAGAGCCAUCAAAUGUUUGUCACAAAUAUUUCCUCUUUCUUUUGCUACCUUCCCUCAUUUCCUUGAUUCCAUGACUUUAACUAACGGCUUACAAGCUCAGGAAUGUCCUUUAGUGUGGCGUCUAGCUCUCAGAGCCAAAGCCCAAUAUUUUUAAGAACAUGUUUUUGAACCAUGGA